UAUUUUCUUUCUUUUUAUCUAUUUUCUGUAAAUUAUUUCAGCACCUUCAUCUCCGAAAUUGGGAAAAUCUCUGUUUUUGAUAUCUAAUAAUAUUUAGAAGUGUUGCUUUGUAGUGACGUCAUUCUCGUCGUAAUCACCGUCCGAAAGACCUGACCCGUCCAGCGCCCGCUCCGCUCCGCCCUCAGCCGGUCAGUCAGCGCUCCCGGUCCCCACAGACAGCAUACUGAGUGAAAAAUGCCUCCCCCUGAUGGAUGCCAACCCAACUCAAAUGAAGAUGAUGGGAAUUCACCUACCAGUCCAUUGGAUUUCCUGGAACAGAACUACCAGGAGCUGCUCCAGAACUGUCUCACUGAAAACACACUCUACAAUGAUGAGUUGUUCCCUCCAGAAAACAGCUCCAUUGGCUUGUUUGAUGAUCUGUCACCUGAUGUGGACAUGUCUCAAGUUGUGUGGAAGCGGCCAUCCGAAUUGGUGUCAGAUCCUAAUUUAAUUGUAGAUGAUAUGUCAAGGUUUGACUACGCACAGGGAGAUGUAUUAGGAAACUGUUGGUUCUUGGCUGCAAUUGGAGCUCUAACCUUUGAGAAGGAUAUCAUAAAACAGGUCAUGCCAGCUGAGCAGUCAUUCACCAAGGAUUAUGCUGGGAUAUUUCACUUCAGGUUCUGGCGAUUUGGGAAAUGGAUUGAUGUUGUUAUUGAUGACCAACUUCCAACUAUUGAUGAUGAACUACUUUUUGUGUGUUCAAAAACAUCUAAUGAGUUUUGGCCUGCUUUACUGGAGAAAGCAUAUGCAAAGGUGUGCGGGUCUUAUGCUGACUUGCACGCUGGUUACAUAUCGGAGGCCCUGAUGGACUUCACUGGUGGGACACAUAUGUAUUAUACACUGAACACAGCUCCUGCUGAUUUGUGGAAAAUCAUGGAAUGUGCAUUCAAGUCGAAAACGCUUAUGGGCUGCGGCUCUAAUACAGCGACAACCCCUGAAGAAAUUGAGUUACUUCAUGGCAUUAUUGCAGAGCAUGCUUACACGGUGACAGGGGUUUUUGAGGUGAUGAGUGAUGAAAAUCCAGUCCAGCUAGUGAGACUGUUAAACCCAUGGGGCCAAGAAGAGUGGCAAGGAGACUGGAGCGAUGGAUCACCUUUAUGGGACACAGUUUGCGAGGAAGUCCGCAAAAUUUGCCAUGAAGUUUUAAAUAACGGGGAGUUCUGGAUGUCAAUGGAAGACUUUACCAGUAUUUUUGAAAACAUAGACAUAUGUUGUCUCUGUCCUGAUUUUCUGGAUGGUUCUGAUGAAUGUCACUGGACGUCAAAACGACAUUUUGGCAGAUGGAAUGAUGAGACUACAGCAGGUGGUGACAUAAUUAACACAGAGACUUUCUGGACAAACCCUCAUUUUCGGGUGAAAAUUGAUGAGCUUGAUGAGGAAUGUGCUAGUGGCCAGCGCCCUGAAAAUAUGCUGGUGUCCCUCAUGCAGAACCAUGAGAAGAGACACAGAAAUAGCCAAGAUAAUUUUAAUAUUGGCUUCUAUGUUUUUGAGGUCAGUAUUUUUAGGAGAAGUCAAAGUGGGAGGUUUUCAUCUGAGUUCUUCAUUGACAGAGAGCCUGUGGCUCAGACUGAGGAGUUAGUAGAGUUCAGAGAGGUGAUGAAAUUCUUCAGGCUGGAGCCGGGAGAGUACCUGAUUGUACCGUGCACAGAGAAUCCUGGAGAAACGGCCUCCUUCGUCCUGUCUGUUUUCUCAAAGAAUGAGACACACUUAGAACAUAUUCAAGAAACUCCUAAGUAGAAUGAAGACAUUCUUGAUGAGGGAAUCAGUAUAUUUUGCUUCUACUUUUUGAAGAAAGUGUGGCAUUAUAUCAGUUCUUUUCAUUAAUUCCAAAAUAAUUUAUACUGCUGCACACAUAAAAAUAAAGAUCCCAUAUAUUACUCUAAUAUUGUUCUUCAAAGA